GCUUGGUUGCUGUGCGAUAAAAAUCAGGACCAAAAGGUGACGAAGAUCGAAAUGGGCUUUUUACAGCGCCACGGGGGCUUGAAGAAAAGCAUCGACCAACAACUUUGGACCAAAGAUGCGGACGGCGACGGGGCCUUAAGUCGUGAUGAGUUUAACGCAGGUUUGGCUACCGUGGCACUUAACGCAGAAGGCGCCAUCCAGCAGAUCUUCCACGAGGUUCAAACAAGGUACUGGCCAGUCGCCAAGCGAAGUUUCUGCUGCCAGUCUCAG